UUUACUUCCUCAUUCAAGGUCCUGAAAUCAAAGCACUUUCUCUGUGUUGUUGCUGUAAUAAUUCUUUCUUUUUUAAAAGAUCUAUGAGCGUACACUGCUAUGCACGUACUAUCUGUCUUCUUAAAGACACCCCUAAAUGUGCAGAUCUCUGCAAGGAGAACAAAGGGACACGUGGUUGGCAGGUAGACAGUGAUUGUUGGCACCCUGGUGUAGAUGCGCUGGGUUGGUCUGGAUACUGUGCUGUGUUUGUUUCCUGAGUCUACAUGCUCUGCACAGCACGGUGCACGGUGGCAUACCUGUGUGUGUGUGUGUCCCUCACUGUGCACACGUCUGAGGUCAUGUGUUUUUGUAUGCAAUGUUGUGACUGACCAAAAUAAACCAAGAAAUGACGCUUGAUAACGCGCAUGCUUGCUGAUCUAUUUGCUGUAAAUAUCAAUCACAGAUCAGUUGUUCAGGUUUAACAGGCUCUCUGAGCGCUGAAAGAGCCUCCCACAUUCUAACAUUAAAAUAUAUAUCUAUAUGCUUGCUGAUCUAUUUGCUUUAAAUAUCAAUCGCAGAUCGGCUGUUCAGGUUUAAUAGGCUCUCUGAGCACUGAAAGAGCCUCCCACAUUCUAACAUUUAAAAAUAUAUCUAUAUACUUUCCAUAUCGUUGGGUCGUCCACAGCACAAGGUUUAGGUCUAUGCUGUGUAAAUGUUUAUAACCUAGAAAUGAUGACUGAAAGGGCAGUUGUGUUACGAUUGCUUCCAGCCUAUUUUCCAUACAAGAUCUUGUUCUUGCAGCAGCUUGCAUGCUGAGGCACCACCCCACCUUGUCCCUUUUAUAUGCAUAUAUAAUUCCUUGCUAAUGACUGCUGUCUACCCUAAACCAACAGCAAGAAAGGGAAAACGUUUUCUUUGCUACAUAAGUGAAGCACAACUUUUGUCUACCCUGCAGGCACCCAUCCUGCUACAGACUAGUCAAUUUAAGCUUGCUUUGCAGGCUGACUCAACCAGCCCUGGCCGAGAAUCAGACCCCAGGGUUCCUCCCAAUAACAAACCAGUCUGCGCUGCUAACCCACAGCGUGAUUAUGUGGCUCAGGAUGGCAUUCUUUGCGGUUUAAUCAUUUCUUGUCCCGACAGGCUGCCCUCAAACCUUACACUGUGUUGGUCUGUUCCUUACACGCAUCCAUGCCUUCCUGCUCUGCUUGCAGACAGGCUUGGGAAUGAAUGCCUGCUCCUUCAAGCGUUUACUGCGCUGGGGCCAUCCAGCUAGACGGAGCCGAGGGAGAGAGAUAUAAAAAGCAGGGCUGUGAUCUCAGUAAGCAAAAAUCAAUGACUCCCAUUUUCACUGGGGAACGUGUGAUGACACAUAUGUAAGGUACCAACAACUGCCAAAGCAGAGACCGACUCAUUCUGCGAGGGAGAGCUGCCUGCUUUUCUUUCACAUUCAGACUGACUGCUUCAUGUGUUUCCCUGGCUGCUGAUAUUGACUCUCUUGGGGCUGCCACAUGCAGUUACUGUUGAGUGUGAUGUGGUGAAGGGUAUUCUGUAAAUAUUCUGAUCAGGGUUUAAGUCAUGGUUUAAGGGGUCUGUUCCUGACACCUGUCCCACGGUCUACCCUUGCCCAUUUCAAAAAAUACUUUCCAUAUCGCUGGGUCGUGCACAGCACCUGCAAUACUUCAUUGCAAAAGAACAAGGUUUAGGUUUGUGCUGUGUAGACAUUUAUAACCUAGAAAUGAUGAAUGAAAAUCUUCUGAUAUUUGGGCAGUAAUACUAUUGCUGCCAGCCUGUUUUCCAUACAAGAUCUGAAGGGAAACCUGACCUUGUUCCUGCAGCAGCGUGCAUGCUGAUGCACCACCCCACCUGGUCCCUUCAAGGUCUGUGUGCAGCUGUAUAAUUCCUCACCAAUGGCUUUCAUGCGCACAUUAGUGUGAGUGGAAAACUGGAAAUGUUUUAUCGUGUUUGCAUCGCUGAAGGUUGUAAACAGGAAAUGAAACAAAGACAGUUGGUGGUGGUGUUUUUUUUUCCCAGAGGGUUCGCUUAUUGCAAAAUAAUAGCAGAAAAUGUAAUUUGAAUGAAAUUGAAAAUUACUUUUCUAUGCUGUUCUAUUGAAAGAAAAAUUAAUUGUCAUAUUGUUUUUUUUUUUAAUUGUCUCAAUCCUAAAAUUCUAGGUGAUGCUUUUGGCCACAGCUGCUCUGUAUGUGUGCAACCAAAAACAGUUUUUAAAUCAUCUUUCAAAAUGACCAACAUUUCAGAAUGGAAAAUGUCAUUACCUCUCACACCCUGACUAAAAUAAAGGCGUGUUCCUCACCACAGCUUUAGUCCACCCUUUUAGCUUUGCUUCCUUCACUCUCAAAACUCACACAAGAUAGUUCUGGAGUGUGGCUUCAGUUCCUCUUCAGGGCAUCAGCGCUUCAAGCAAUUGAAAGAGGGUUAUCUACAGCAUGAUAUCAUCACCCCAGUGCAGGAGGAGCUGAUAAUGGAGGAGGUGCAGCAGAACAACAGCAAUGGCACUGAAUCACAGACAAUCACCAUUCCAACCACAUUGCAUGCAUCCCAGAUCUCACAGAUUGCCCAACAGAUGUCUUUGGGAGGUUCUCCAAUAACGGUGGUUCAGCUGCCGAGUGGACAGCUUCAGGUUCAGAGUGUCAUCCAGACAGCCCAGUCGGUCAUCCAGUCCCCUCAGGUACAGACUGUGCAGGUAUCGUCGCUGUCUGACAGUGAAGAUUCACAGGAUUCCUCAGAUAGUGUGGGUUCAUCACAGAAAUCAAGAGACAUCCUAGCCAGGAGACCAUCAUACAGGAAGAUUUUAAACGACCUGUCGUCGGAGGAGAUGGCAGCGCGCAAUGAUGAAGAGGAGAACGCUUCCUCUACGGGCAUGACGACAAUGACGGUACCAACACCCAUCUACCAGACCAGCACCGGCCAGUACUUUGCGAUUGGCCCUAAUGGAGCGAUCCAGCUGGCCAGCCCUGGGACAGAUGGGAUACAGGGUCUACAGACACUAACGAUGACCAAUUCUGGAGCCACAGCACAUCAAGGGACCACCAUUCUACAGUACGCACAGACGUCAGACGGACAGCAGAUACUGGUGCCCAGCAAUCAAGUUGUUGUGCAGUCAGCCGGAGGGGACAUGCAGACGUACCAGAUUCGAACGACCCCCACCACCACCACGUCCUUGCCACAGACUGUGGUGAUGUCGUCGCCGGUCACUCUCUCGUCUCACUCCACCAAGUCGGACGACCCACAGAUGAAAAGGGAAAUCAGACUAAUGAAAAACAGAGAAGCGGCGCGGGAAUGCCGUAGGAAGAAGAAGGAAUACGUGAAAUGCCUGGAGAACCGCGUGGCCGUCCUGGAAAACCAGAACAAGACGCUCAUCGAGGAACUGAAGACUUUAAAAGAUCUUUAUUGUGUCAAAACGGGGUAAAAGAAAAACAAAGCAUCAACGCGACAGGAGCGCUGAUAAAAUGCAAAGACUUGUGGGUGGGGGGUGGGAACAUUUAUUAAUCCUUUUUUGGUUUUUUUUUACAUAAAAUUUAACCGCUCACAGGGAUACAGUAGAGAAAAACAAAAAACUUCCAUGUGUUUAUACCUUUUAAAAAAAGAACAAUUUUAGUAGGAUUGUUAUACAGUACUUGCAUCUUUUUAUUGUAGGAAAAAAAUAAAAUAGAAAAAAAGGCUAAUAUUAAGGACAAAGACAGCGGAUCCUGAAUUAACCUGACACACUGUCACAGCGGCAGUCGUGUUUUUUUUUUUUUUUUUUUUCUUCGCAAUAGCAACUCCCUCAUCUUUUUUUUAUAUCAUGAACUACAGUAUUCUAUUUAUGUAACUAUGCCUUGUGAUCCGUGUAAAAUGUAUGGGUAAGCAAUUUUAUUUUGUUGGCUGUGGUCCUUGAUUUUGCUGAAUUGGUACAGUAGAGACACCCCCAAUCCUUCAAAACUGAUGCAUUGAAAUUCUUUACAGUAACCAUUUCAACAAGAAAACGCUUCCGCAUCUCCGGGACAACAGGUUGGGAUCUUAUAUCCUUGUUUGUUUGGUUUUUCCUGUAGAUUUGGGAGAUGAAUCUGUAAUAAACAGCAAGUCUAGAGGGAUUUAUUUGGAUGGAUCUGACUUGUUAAUGACAGACGCAGGGUUAUUCAGAAGAACUUAGAACUGAGAACAUAACACUCUAUCAUCAGACACAAGGUAGAGCUGAAUAGUAAACUAGUAAUAAAAUCAGACAGUUCCGUGUUGGUAAUUAUGUGAGAUAAUGACUUCUCGUUAACUUUUGUCAUUGUUUUUAAAUACCCUGUUUCUCCAGUGCAAAUGCAACUAUGAUGUUUUAAUUGGAUCCCCCCCUUGCUAAACGGUGUAUUGGAUCAUACCUACCCAGGCAAAGUUAAAGCAAGCUGUUAAAUUAUGUCUGCAGGUCUUGGGUUGUAUUCAGCUGAUCAGAACUGUAAGGGGUCCAAUACCGCCCUCGUGGAAACCGUUAAAAGAAGUUCUUUGUAGAUGCCAUCUAACCCCCUGUGUGAGGGCUCGCUAGUGAAUUUAUGUCUUUAAAAGUAACAUUUAAACUGUGGCAGUAAGAUACACAGCUGUUUCUGGUCGAUUUUAAUAAGACCCCUUUGUGUUUUUGUGAGUCUGUUUUAACACGGAACCGUUUCUAGAUUUCUGCAAAUGCAGCUUUCAGUCUGCUUGACAAGAGCUUUUUAUAUGUUAAAGAAAUAAAAUCAUUUUAAAAAUCGCGUUAUCCUCCUAGAUGUGUCGUCUCGCUACUGACCUUGCAAGAGCUUUUGAAAUCAGAUAAUGUACAGUUAUUUUUGUGGAGGGCAAGGAAAAAAGAAAAAAACAAAGACCACGUGCUUUGGUUUUUAUUAAUAAUUUACAACGCAGAACGUGUUCAUUCUGUGAUAGGUCAGCGUGUGUAUUUUUCUUAAGAAUAUAUAUAUUACUGUAGAACAAUAUUUUAGAUUCUCAAGCUCACUGUAUCUGCUAAAGAAAUGUAAUGCUUUAUUUCCUAUGAUGCGUGCAUUACUUUUUUUUUUUUUUUUCAAAAGUUUUGUUGUCCAAUGUAAAUAUAUAUAUAAAAAUAGUCUCUGUUCCCUGUG